AUGGCCGACGACGACAAAGACAACGCGCGCGACGCGUCCGCAGACCCGAUCCGGGACAAUAGCCAAUGGACAACGGACCAAGACGGCGCCAUCUGCAAGCUCAAAAAGGACGGCCUGACUUGGGCCGCCAUUGCCAUGUCGGUAGGCCGCAAAAAGAACCUCGUCAGGCAGCGCUUCCAAUUCAUCCGCUCGCAAAUCGAGGCCGCGGGUCUGGACACGGACUCGAUUGGCGAAAACUGGGCCGAGGACAUGCGACGGCAAGGUCAGGAGAUUCCGUCUCCGGAAAAGCCCAUUGCGUCGUCGCCGCCAGAUGAGGUCGUAGUGGUAGCAGAAGAAAACAAGGAGGAUGAUCAAGAGCAGAACAAGAAAAUCGCCUCGCCGCUCCAGACUGCCAUUGAUCUCACGCAAGCCCUCGACGAGUGUGUCAAGGUGGUGAAACAACAAGCCAAGCAACCUGUCCACGCUAGAGGCGGAGGGGGGAAGAAGAAGAAGAAGAAGAACAACAACAAGUCAUCCACCUCGGCCACUCCCGAGUCGGGCCAGAUCAAGCUCUCGGGCCGGGUCAUUGAAAGGAACGGCGUGCGCUUUGCCGAACUAGCCAACUCGUCCGACUCGGACUCGGACAGCAGCGGUAUCGGCAGCACCGACAGCGACGACGACUUUGACCACGAGGCCGAGCGCGAGGAGCAGAAGCGCUUCGUCUACCACGACUACUGGAGCGAGCUGUACCCGGAGCAGAAGACGUACUCGCCGGAUCGGCACUGGACCGAGGGCGACUGCAAGGUCUUGGCCGUCAUUGAGGCCAAGGAUGAGGCUCUCAAGUUCAAGCGCAUGCAGGCCGAUUUCUUCAACGCUACGGGUCGUAUGGUUUCCGAAGAGGUCAUCAAGUACAAGAUGCAGCAGGCAAAGUGA